GCUAGACUCCAGGCCAACGAGGUGUGGCGGAGCUCAGUUGCAGAGGGAGGCAGCUCUGACAACAUCAAGCUCUGAGCUCUGACUUGAGAUGGAAAGCAAGAGCCGGCAAGUCCUGGAGAAGGGCACAAACUUCUGAACCUUCAGACAGCCUGUGGCCCUGUCCCACCCCCGGUGUUAAGACUUGGGGACCUUGGUCAAGCAGAGGAGCUCUCCACUGCCCAGAGCUGCCUGCUGGUCCCUGAAGACACCAGUUAGGAGAAAAGAAUUUCUCCGACUGCUCCCAGAUGGAGCACAAACUUUAAGGGGACAGACUUUGUAGUGGGGAACCUGUGACAAUGUCCCUGUCCCUGGGAAGCAGGAGGUAGAGAGGCCCCUGUGGACUGCGGGCACCCCACCAUGAGGGAACCACCACCUUUAUGUCGUUGGGUCUGGCUGUUCUCAUCCUUCUGUGGCUUCCAGGUGUGCUGCGCUCAGCCCAGGGCCCAGGAACAUCCAGGGUUUGCAGUCUUGGCUUCUGCCUCACAUUACUGGCCACUGGAAAAUGUGGACGGAAUCCGUGAACUUCAGGAUACAGCUGGAGCAUUUCGAACCCACAACCUCACUGUGCCUCCCUCCCACAAUGCUACCUUUGUUUAUUCCAAUGGCUCAGCCUACUCCAACUUCUCUGCGACUGUAGAUAUUGUAGAAGGGAAGGUCAACAAAGGUAUUUACCUCAAGGAAGAGAAGGGUGUAACAUUCCUCUACUAUGGCAGCUACAAGUCAUCCUGUAUCAGCAACCCAGCCCAGUGUGGCCCUGAAGGGGUCACAUUUUCAUUUUUCUGGAAGACACAAGGAGAACAGUCCCGACCAGCUCCUUAUGCUUAUGGGGGACAGGUCAUCUCUGAUGGCUUCAAAGUCUGUUCUAGUGGUGGCAAGGGCUCUGUGGAACUGUAUACUCGAGACAACUCCAUGACAUGGGAGGCCACCUUCAGCCCGCCAGGUCCUUAUUGGACUCAUGUCCUGUUCACGUGGAAAUCUAAGGAGGGUCUGAAAGUCUAUGUCAACGGGACCCUGAGCACCUCAGACCCAAGUGGGAAAGUGUCUCAUACCUAUGGGGAGCCCCACGUCAACCUGGUGAUUGGGUCUGAGCAGGACCAGAUCAAGCGUUAUGAGAGUGGAGCUUUUGAUGAGUUCAUUAUCUGGGAACGUGCACUGACUCCUGAUGAGAUCGAGAUGUACUUCACGGCUGCCAUCGGAAAGCAUGUUCUGCUGUCUUCAGCACCGCCGGCGAUACCCACGGGAUACUUCAUGAUGCCUACAGAUGCCUAUCAUCCCAUAAUAACCAACCUUACUGAGGAGAGAAAACACUUCCAGAGACCUGGAACUGUGCUGCGCUACCUUCAAAAUGUGUCCCUCAGCUUACCUGACAAGUCCCUCUCAGAGGAAACUGCGCUGAACCUCACAGUGACCUUCUUAAGAACUGCGGGUGAAGUGCUUCUAUUGCCCAGCUGGACCCAAGUAUCAGAGGACAACGCUGUGGUACUGGGCCUGGUUGACACCAUCGACACCGUCAUGGGCCACAUAGCAUCCAACCUGCAUCCCAGAGAGUCCCACAUCACCCUCAUGGGUUCCUCCUCCAUGGCAGACUUCUCUGUGUCCAAGGUCCUCCUACCAGCCUUAAGCGCCCCUCAUUACCGCUUCCCAGCCCAUGGGCACAGCUACAUUGAGAUUCCUCGAGAGGCCCUUUGUGGCCAAGCCUGGACCACUAUUGUUGGCCUUCUCUACCAUUCCGUGCACUAUUACCUGAACAACAUCCCCCCAGGCAGCACAAAGAUUCCUGAGGCUGUCAACUGCAAAGAUUGCCUACUGUCAGCCGCCAGCCGCUUGAUAUCCCUGGAGGUGUCCCCGCCGCCCACGCUGUCCCAGAACCUAUCUGGCUCUCCUCUGAUCACUGUCCAUCUCAAACACAAACUGACUCAUAAGCAAUACAUCGAUGCCACUAAUGAGAGCAACCACGUCUUCCUGCAUUGUGCCUUCCUGGACUUCAGCUCCGGGGAAGGCAUCUGGUCGAGCCAGGGCUGUGCACUAACAGAGGGCAACCUCACCCACUCGGUGUGCCGCUGUACACACCUCACCAACUUUGCCAUCCUCAUGCAAGUGGUCCCGCUGGAGCUCACACAUGGACACCAGGUGGCGCUGUCAUCCAUCAGUUACGUCGGCUGCUCGCUUUCCGUGCUCUGCUUGGCUGCCACUCUGGUCACCUUUGCCGUGCUGUCCUCCGUCAAUACUAUCCGGAACCAGCGCUACCACAUCCACGCCAACCUGUCUUUUGCUGUCCUUGUGGCCCAGGUCCUGCUGCUCAUCAGCUUCCGUGUGGAGCCAGGCACGGUCCCAUGCCAGGUGCUGGCUAUCCUCCUGCACUACUUCUUUCUGAGUGCCUUUGCGUGGAUGCUGGUGGAGGGACUGCAUCUCUACAGCAUGGUGAUCAAGGUCUUCGGGUCAGAGGACAGCAAGCACCCCUACUACUAUGGGAUAGGCUGGGGGUGCCCUCUCCUCAUCUGCAUCAUCUCCAUGUCAUCCUCCAUGGACAGCUAUGGAACGAGUGACAGCUGCUGGCUGUCGCUGGGGGGUGGUGCCAUCUGGGCCUUUGUGGGCCCUGCCCUGCUGGUCAUUGUGGUCAACAUUGUGAUCCUCAUUGCUGUAACCCGGGUCAUUUCCCAUAUCAGCACUGACAACUACAAGAUACAUGGGGACCCCAGUGCCUUCAAAUUGACAGCCAAGGCUGUUGCUGUGCUGCUGCCCAUCCUGGGCACCUCAUGGGUGUUUGGGGUACUUGCUGUCAAUGACCGGGCCCUGGUCUUCCAAUACAUGUUUGCUGUACUCAACUCCCUGCAGGGCCUCUUCAUCUUCCUCUUUCACUGUCUCCUGAACUCCGAGGUGAGAGCUGCCUUCAAGCACAAGACCAAGGUCUGGUCCCUCACCAGUAGUUCUGCCCGCACAGUCAACACGAAGCCCUUCAGCUCAGACACCGUGAAUGGGACCAGGCCAGGCACAGCCUCCACAAAGUUGAGCCCAUGGGACAAGAGCAGCCAAUCUGCCCAUCGUGUGGACCUGUCCGCUGUGUGAGCAGGGAGGUUGCUACACAGAACAAGUGCCCUUCCCUAAGCAGAGCGCAAUGCACACCCUGCCUCCACCUCAGGUCCCUCUCCUCCCUGCUGCCUAGGCAUGGGGUCAUGGCCCCUGCCUAUGACUGUGGCAGUGUCCCACCCAGCACUGCAAAUUGACACAGGAUGGUGUGACCAGAGAUGAUGUGGCCCUUCUGCCCCAGUGUAAUGGGGGCUUCUGUCCUAUGUGGACACCAGAGCACAAUGUAGCCCACAGUGACACCAAGUGUGAGCCUCCCUUGUCACUGCAUUCUGGUAUCUCUGCCCUUGCUCCCCUAGAGUCACCCACCAUCCUAUGGUGGGGUUUUGUGAAGGUUGAGUGUGGCAGCCUAAAGGUACCAUCGUGUGGAAGAACUGACUCAGCCACUGUUCUGUGAGCUCUGUCUCUGUGGACCCAAAGUCAACCUUAAAAUGCCCCUUUCCUUGUAAGCCUCUUCUGCCAUCCACAGGCCCCUCCAGGGCUGAUGGUCACCUGCCUUGUGCCCCCCCCCAUCCCCCAGCACCUGCAUCUCCUGGUUUUCCAGGGUAUAGCUGCCCCUGGGGUCUGCUGUCUCAUUUAGACUUGCCACCUCUUUGUAAGAGCCAAUGAAGCGUCUCACAGUUGGGUCAUCAGACGUCCUUCACUUCAUGCCCAAACUGGGCACAUUAUGUGGAGGCUGCUCCCUCUGAUGAUCACACGAAGUCCUGACUGGUGGGCAGGCUUCUGGGUUGGUAUGAAUAGAUAGAGUAAGAUCCAGCCCUGGGAAGUGCAGUCAUUGUGACAACUGCUUGUGAGAAAGAACCUCAUGUGGAUGGGAUCACAGAGAGAAUUCUUGAACAGGCUGUGAAGGGCCGGCUGUGAUGGGAGCCUGAGAAUGUCUGUGGCAUGCACCACCAAGACAGCCCAGCCGGGUCCUGAUACUGGAAAAUCUUCACUUCAAACUGUGACAUGACAUCCCUGAGCCCUUCCCAACCUCAUGCUCCCUUGGCUUCAGAAUAAGUUUCUACCCAGUUCUGUGGAUCUUUUUGACUUAAAAAAAAUUACUUUUAUUUUCGCCCCUCUACUGAGAUGGAGCCAGGGCCUUGCACACACUAGGCAAACACUCCACUCUGAGCCACACCUCAGCACCCAGGUAACAGCCCCCUGAAGACAUCUCUUCCAAGAGCCAUGAGGCUAAAGGGGUCAGUCUUUUGUUCUGUCCAGGCCAGGACUUAAAUGCAACAGCCAGCUGAGCCCCUUUGACCUGCCCUCCUGCAACACUUUUUGCUGUAGCCAGGGACCAAUGCAGGCUGAGGCUGUUCUGAGACUGUAUUUGGUGACAAGUCCUGUCUGGGGUGCAUAUGGCCACUGCCCAGCAUCUCCAAACCAGACACUGGUGACCCAAGGUCCGAUCUGCUGUGCUAAGCGCCCAGUAGUGAGAACACUGUAUCCUCCAUGCAUGCUUGGGUCCUGCUGAGGCAAGGCAGCUGGGGACUGUUAAAAUUUCUGACGAAAUCCUUAGUUUCCAGCUUUUGGAAUACUCACUCUAUGUAGCUAAUAUAUCAAGCCAUGCAAAGAGCAAAAACUGCCUUGGCCUUCCUUCUCCGGUGAGUGAAAGCGUGCACUUUAUUUAUAGGCUAUGGCUUCUGCAGUCAUUCAUUAUCUAUGUGUAAUUUGGUCCAAAUUAAUUAGAAAGAAUGAUGUGUGUGAGUGGUUUUCAGUGGAGAGAAGAUGUAUGCACUAUCACAAAAACACAUUGUCAUUUGGAUGAAAUAAAAUCUUUAAUGUCCUUAA